UCAUUUAUCAUAACCAUCGGGAGCUCAUUGCUCUUUAUCCUUCAGUUGAGAAAGAGAUGAGAGAGAGAGAGGGGGGAUGGGGUCAUAGAUGGAAUUCAGAAUCUACCGAGCACGUGCUGACAGGAUUGUCUGUUUACAAACCCCUCCCUCUCCUCCUCCUUUUCAUAUUGCCACCUUCCCAGCAGCACCAGGCCUUGAAUUCAGCAGCGGCUUAGAAGAGAAGGUGGACUCAUCCUCCGGUUGACCAAUCGCAGUUAAGCAUCCCACAUGUGACGAGCAGUGAGGGCUGGUCUUUAAGCUUUGCAGCGGAAAACCACCGGGACAGACGGACGGAGUGAGCGUGAGAGAGAGCUAAAGCCUGCCAUACGCACUAAUCCCUCCGCAGUGAUCAUGUGUCAGGGGAGUCUGAAGCAGCAGAAGCAGAAGGGGCCGGUGCGGAGCACUGCGGGGAAAUGGUUGCAGUUCCCACAGUUGGCCCUACGGCGGCGACUAGGCCAGCUGAGCUGCAUGUCCCGGGCUACUGUCCGCCUUCGCUCAUGGCCUCUGUCCAUCCUCUACUACAUCCUGCCCUUUGGAGCACUCAAACCUCUUGCCAAAGUAGGCUGGAGGCCCACAAGCAGAGUUACAAUCUACAAGUCCAUACCCACAAGACUUCUCUCCAGAGCCUGGGGUCGCUUGAACCAGGUGGACCUGCCAACUUGGUUACGGAAACCUAUCUUCAGAUUGUAUAUAUGGACGUUUGGAGUCAACAUGAAGGAAGCGGCCAUAGAGGAUCUACAGCACUACAGAAACCUGGGCGAGUUUUUUAGGCGAAAACUCAAACCUCAGGUCCGGCCAGUGUGCGACUCGCACUGCGUGAUCAGUCCAGCUGAUGGCAAGAUCCUUCAUUUUGGCCGUGUGAAGAACUGUGAGGUCGAGCAGGUGAAGGGAGUGACCUACUCACUGGAGACAUUCCUCGGGCCGCGCAACUGGACCGAGAAUUUAUCUGCUAACAGAAAUGAGGAUGAUCCUGGCACGUACCAGGAUGCCCUGGUCACUAAAGAGGGGAAUGAGUUGUUUCACUGUGUAGUUUAUCUGGCUCCAGGUGACUACCACUGCUUCCACUCACCUACAGACUGGAGGGUGGCACACAGACGCCACUUCCCAGGUUCUCUGAUGUCAGUGAACCCAGGAGUUGCGCGUUGGAUCAAGGAACUUUUCUGCCAUAAUGAGCGGGUGGUCUUGAGUGGGGAGUGGACGCACGGUUUCUUUUCACUCACGGCUGUAGGAGCAACAAAUGUGGGAUCUAUACGCAUCUAUUUUGACAAGGAGCUCCGUACCAACAACCCUCGAUACAGCAAAGGAACUUACAAUGACUUCAGCUACGUAACAAACAACAACCGGGAAGGCGUCAGCAUGAGAAAAGGAGAACACCUGGGCGAAUUCAACUUGGGCUCUACUAUUGUACUGUUAUUCGAAGCUCCACGGGAUUUUACCUUUAAUUUGAAAGCAGGCCAGAAGAUCCGUUUUGGAGAACCUCUUGGGACAAUGUAACACCUACGAGAGGGAACAGAAUCUGAUGAUGGACACGCUAAUCUGUGUGCAGAUGCAUUCAGGGUCUCAAAAACUAAUACACUCACAUUUGCAGAGAUGUACUCUGUUUAAACUGAGAUACAUGUGUGUUCAUAUGUACUCAAUCAACCACCACUGUUGCAUUAUUGCCAUUGGGUUCUCACAGUCGUUUUGUUAGGGUACGUAGGGGUAUUUUUUUGUUUUUGUUGUAAAAUAAGCAAAGCUUAGACCAUCACGUUGUAAAGUAUUUGUUUACCAUGAAAUGCCAUCUUGAAUUUUUUUUGGCUUCAAGUUAUUUUUCUAUUUUGUUUUAGUAAAACGAUUGUUUUGUUUUUGUGUUUGCCCAUAUUGCCUUUGGCUUGAGUCAACCUGUGUGAAGGAUUUGAAGAGUUCAGGACUUCCACAGCUAACUCUGCAAGCAUUGGGAAUAUAUUGGCGCUUUUCCACUGCAUGGUACGGCACGGUUCGGUACGGUUCACUUUUGGGGGGUUUU